AUUGAAUUUUUAUAUUCUUAGAUAAUUAAACUGAAUUUUAGGACCAAUGAAAGAAAGCCACGUCAUAAUAAAAUAGCCGACUUUCUCUCUUCCUUAAUACUUGAAAAACCCCUCAGCUUCGGCUUCACUAGAACAACUGUUUGUUUGUUUUGUUUUUUUUUUUUUUUUUUUAUAAUUCUUUUGCGGUUUCUCAAAAGCUGCGAAGAUAGAUUCGGAUCGUAAGAGGAAGAAAACUUCGAUCUCAUCCGCAGAUCGAACGGCGGCGGCGGCGGAGAGACAUAAAGACAAAAACCACCACCAUCACCACAAGAAGAAGAGCAAGAUGUCAUCGUCAACGGCGGCCAAUCAAGUGAGGGCAUCUCACAUACUGAUCAAGCACCAAGGCUCACGCCGCAAGGCUUCUUGGAAGGAUCCAGAUGGCCGCGUCAUCUCCAACACCACCCGAGACACCGCUGUCUCUCAGCUCAAAGCCCUUCGUAACGACAUCGUUUCGGGCAAGGCUAAGUUCGACGAGGUUGCCUCCCGCUACUCCGAUUGCAGCUCCGCUAAACGCGGCGGCGAUCUCGGUCCUUUUGGUCGAGGCCAGAUGCAAAAGCCAUUCGAGGAGGCAACAUAUGGUCUUAAGGUUGGUGAGAUAAGUGACAUUGUGGAUACUGAUAGCGGGGUUCACAUCAUCAUGAGAACCGGUUGAUUAGGGUGAUGAUGCAUGGAUGUAUCGAGCAAUUAGUUCAGUGUUUUGGGAAAAUUUGUCCAAGAAUAUUCUGAAAUUACUUUCAACAGCCUAUGGCUAAUUUUACUGAGUGCUAUUUUACACUUAACAAUGACCUUUUAAAUGCUCGGGACUAGUUGGUGUCUGAGGCAUUUGAUUUUGGAACCAUUUUGGUUGUGAUGUGACAUUGUCUGCUUGGUUUAUAAUAAAAGCCU